AUGAGAAUUUUAUUCGUUCUGGCAGGAUUGAUUGUUGCGAUAAGGGCUUUGGUGAGUUUCAGAUUAUUUUUUGAAAAAAUAAUAAAAUAAGAUCUUCUUUCCAGAGUCGACAGGACAAUGCGACUCUAAAAUUGGCCAAAUUUCGUCAAUGGUUGAAAUAUGAUACAGAUUGUUUGUAUUUGAGGGAAUAUGAUUUGCAGAUUAAAAUCGCUAAUGGAAAAUGUCCUCCCGAUAUCAAUGAGCAGAAGGAGAAAAAAGUGAAAAAAGAAAGAAAAUUGUCUAAGAAAGCUGAAAAGAAAUUCUUGAAGAAAAGAAGAGAGCAAGUUAAAGAAAAAGAAUCAGGACUUUUCAGCCACAAAAGCAAAGAAGCAAUUCUUCGAACCAUUGUUGGAGAUAAUAAAAUGAUUGAUAUUGAUGUAAAUCCACAAGUUGAUGAUGCAAUCGAUAUAAUCCAAGGGAGUAUGGUCACCCUGAAAUGUGAUUUUAAAAAUCGGAAGAAACAAAAAUAUAAUGGCGAAGUUAUAGAAUGGUAUGUAAAUGGUAAACUCGUCAAAUCAUCGUGGUUUGAUUGGCGAAUCUCAUUAUCAGAAUACGGUGAUUUUGGAUUAUGGCCAAUUGAUUCAGGAGAUACUGGACACUUUGAAUGUUGGAUUGAUGGGAAGUUGAGAGCAUCAACAACACUUCAAGUGAAUUCAAUGGCUCGUGCGAUUUUCUACGGGUUUCUUAAUUAUCUUUAUGUUUCGCUUGUUUUUGGUUGUGUUACUUUGGUUAUUGGGUGGUUUGUGAAGAAUAAUAUAAGAGAGGAGGCGGUUACGGAGGUUGAUAAGAUGGAAGAAUUUCUGUCGGAACAUGUUUUUAAAACUGAUGAGAUGGCGAAGGUAAAUUUUAUUGAGGGGAUAACAGGUUUGAUGAUUAUUGAUCAAUAAAGAAAUCGCAGGGAAAAAUUAAUUUGAUGUGAUUUCGCAAGCCUGGAAUACCUAAUUAGAUCAUACAUUAGGAACGUUUUGAAUUUAUGUUUUCUAGAAGGCUGAAAACGCUUCAAAAAUUGCAGAAUUCAAGAUGAGUUAUGACGUGGCAAAUUCGGGAUUUCGGGAGAUAUUAUCGAAAAUCUCAUCGGUACUCCACGCGCUCCACCGAAAUAAACACGCAACGCAGACCGCGUCGCGCCACAACACACACAAAAAAGGAGGGCAUUUGAAUCGUUUCCUUAUUUGUGUGUGUGUUGUGGCGCGGCGCGGUCUGCGUUGCGUGUUUAUUUCGGUGGAGCGCGUGGAAGUAUCGAUGAGAUUGGGUUGUUCAGAAGGUUCAUUCAAAAAAUCCAAUUUUUAUGUUAUCAACCCUUCUGAACAAUCCAAUAUCAGAUUUACUUGAAAAUCAUCUAGCUCCUGAAAUCCCGAUUUUUCAAAUUUGCCACGUCAUAAUUCAUCUCGAAUUCUGCAAUUUUUUGAAGCGUGUUCAGCGCGUCGAAAAUUACUAGAAAACAUAUAUUUUCUAGAUUUCAGUUUUCCAACCCUUUAAAACUUUCCUAAUAUCUAAUUAUGCGAGUAAAAAAACAAAAGUCUUCAUUGUCGAAGUUGAAAAAUGUGUCUAAAACCAGUGCAGUUAGUCGCGUGCGGCUGUGCGUCGCGGUCAGGAAACAAUCAAUCAAUAAUUCAUGUUCCCGACCGCGACGCAUAGCCGCACGCGACUGAAAAAGCCAGAAAUCAAUUAUUGAUUGUUUCCCGACCGCGACGCAUAGCCGCACGCGCUUGAAAAAGCUAGAAAUCAAUUAUUGAUUGCUUCCUGACCGCGACGCAAAGCCGCACGCGACUGACGAAAUGUAGUUGUUUUCUUCAUUCAAUUCUACAGCCACAUUUUUCAAAUUUCUAGUAACAAAUUCUCAUUCAGAAACACAUAAAAGAUGUGAUCGCAAAAAACGGAGUUCUCGAUGAGCGCCAGUUGAUUGAAAAUCGCGGAGCCGACAAUCGAACCACAAUCAUGAUGUUGCUCCAAAAUCCCAAAUUUAUUCAUGACUCGAAAAAAUCGCUCAAAAAACCUGCAUUUGGUGGUGGAACAGGAACAGCGAAAACUUCUUCUGCAUCGAAUGAGAAGAAGAAUUCUGAAACAAGGAAAAAUGAAGAGGAAGAAGAAGAGGAAGAAAGCGAGAAAGAAGAGGAGGAAGAGGAAAAAGUUGGAUUAUUUGGGAGAAUUUUGGGAAGUUCGACAGCUUCGAAUGAUGGAGGAACAGCUUCAAGUGGAAAUGAGAAAGGGUCAAAUGAUGGGAUGAAGAAGGAAAAGAAAAAGAAGGAUAAAAAUAAGAAAAAAGAUACGAAAAAGAAGAAAACUACGAAGAAAGGGAAGAAAAAAGAGGGAGGAAAAAGUAAGGAUUUUCAGACGCGUGCGGUUGUGCGUCGCGGUCGGGAAAUAAUCAAUAAUUCAUGUUUUCCUUUGUUUCCCGACCGCAACGCACAGCCGCACGCGACUGACGAAAUAAAUUUUGCACAGUCACAUUUUUCAACGUUGGGGAUUUUUUUUGGAAGUCUGACCUUUGGACUCAUUUUGAUCGGAAAAUCCUGAAAAUUUCAAUUUGAAGCCAUUUUCAGCUCCAAAAUUGUCUCUAGAGUCUGAAAAUUUAAAAUUGUCACCUAAAUUUCAGCUUCCUAGCAAAUUUGAACUCAUUUCUUUUUCCAGCCAAAUAUUUUCUGAAAAUUUCAGCUUCCUAGCAAAUUUAGACCCAAAAAGCUCUGGAUUCUGAAAACUUUCAAAUUUUCAGAAAAAGGUACGAAAAAGAAAGGAACGGGUGCGAAAAAAGCGACGAAGGAAACCAAAAAAGAUGACAAGAAGAAAACAAAAAAGAAAACGAAAAAAUAA